AUGUCGGAUCCAUCAGACCUGAAAAACGGUGCUGCGCCGUCCGGGUACGGGGAGCACAUGUUCACCAUCUACCGCAACAAGCUUCUCGGCGGCGAAGCGCCUCCCACCACCACCGAUCCCAGCCUGCUGGAGAAGCAGGCAAAGGAGGUCAUGCCCGAGGAGGGCUUCAACUACGUCGCCGGAGGCGCCGGCGAAGGCUCGACUAUGGAGGCCAACAGACUCGCCUUUCGGCAGUGGAAGCUCAUCCCGCGCAUGAUGCGCCCUGCCUUGGACCGAGACAUGCGCGUCGAGCUCUUUGGCCACACCUAUGAGAGCCCCCUGCUUAUGGCCCCCGUCGGUGUCAUGAGUGCCUACCACCAAGACAAGGAGCUCGGGGUUGCGUCCGCCUGCGCAGAUCUACGUGUCCCCUUCAUUAUCAGCACGGCGGCAAGCUCCAGCAUCGAGGAGAUCGCAGAGCACGUCGGCAAUGAGGCGCCUCGGUGGUUUCAGCUCUACUGGCCACGAUCCGAAUCACUGACUGCCUCGUUGCUGAAACGCGCCCGUGCCUCCGGAUGCAAGGUGUUGGUCGUGACGCUCGACACCUUCACAAUGGCAUGGCGCCCACGAGACCUCGACCUGGGGUAUCUGCCCUUUGUGCUGGGCGAGGGCAAUGCCAAUGGCUUCUCGGACCCGGAGUUCCGGAAGAUGUUCGCCCGCGCGCAAAAGGACAAGGGAAACCAGGAUGGGGACGAGGAAAUUACGCCCGACGACAACGUGAUCGAGGCGUCGCUGCACUGGAUAUCCGAGGCCUUCUCGGGUGAAGCACGGCGCUGGGAAGACAUUGCGAUCCUGAAGAGGCAUUGGGACGGGCCCAUCGUUCUCAAGGGAAUCGUCAGUGUCGAGGACGCCAAGCUCGCGCUGAAGCACGGCGCAGACGGCAUUGUGGUGAGCAACCACGGCGGGCGGCAGCUUGACGGCAGCAUCGCGAGCCUGGAGGUGCUGCCGGAGAUUGUGGAUGCCGUGGGCGGCAAGAUGACGGUGCUCUUCGACUCGGGGGUGCGGACCGGGGCGGAUGCGAUGAAGGCAUUGUGCUUGGGCGCCAAGGGCGUUCUGGUCGGCAGGCCGGUGAUCUACGGCCUGGGCAUCGCGGGCAAGGAGGGCGCCAAGAACGUCCUUGCAGGUCUACUGGCGGACCUGCACCAAUCAAUGGGCCUGGCGGGCAUAAAGCUCUAUCCGAGGGCCACUGAGGGUCGCUUGACCUUUCACAACUCACACAAGAAGCGCUGGAGGCCACCAGGGCGCCCUUUCUUCCGCGCGGCUGCCAUAAACUUCGUUCUCCUCCAGCUUCUCUUCCUGGGCCUCUUCUCCUACGUCUUUGGUUCCCUGUUCCAGCAGCAAUCGCACACGCACAACAUCAGCGUGGCGUUUGUCGACUAUGACAAGGGCGGCGCCAUUGGCGAUGCGGUGAGGAGGGCCUACGAGAGCCUGAAGGGCGACAGCUUCCCCACCCUCUACGAGCGGUCUGCCGCCGACUUCCCGGGCCCGACGGAGCUCCGGGACGCCGUCUGCUCUACCACCUACUGGGCGGCCCUGUAUGUGGAAUCCGGGGCCUCUGACCGGCUCCAGGCGGCCUUGGCGGGCGGUCCGCCGGCCCUGGCCUACAACCGCUCCGACGUCCUGACUUACGUCUGGAACGAGGCGCUCUACUCGACCGUCGUCGACUCGGUCAUCGCCUCCCCGCUGCAGAGCCUCUCCAACGCCGCGCGCAUCGCCUACAGCACCGGCACCGCCGGGGAGACGGCGGGCAGGCAGCUCUCGUCGGCCGAGGCCGUCGCCGUCUUCGCGAACCCGUGGCAGCUGACGGGCGUCAACAUCCAGCCCACGACGCAGGGGUCGCGCGCCAUCUACAACACGCUCGUCAUCAUCCUCAUCCUGAUCCAGGAGUUCUUCUACCUGGGCACCAUCAACGGCCUCUACGCCAGCUUCAAGGUCUACGUGCGCAUCCACCCCUACCGCAUCAUCCUCGUGCGCAACGCCAUCUCGUCGGCCUACACCCUCGUCGGCUCGCUCUGCGUCGCGGGCUCCAUCUGGGCCUUCCGCUCGGGCUGGGACGUCUCCGGCAGCCAGCUCGGGCUGACCUGGAUGGCGCUGUGGCUCUUCGCGCACCUCAACUUCCUGACGCUCGACGUCUUCACCGUCUGGCUUCCCUUGGCCUACGUGCCCAUGGCCCUCAUCUCCUGGGUCAUCCUCAACGUGACCUCGAUCCUGCUGCCCUUCGCCCUGUCCCCGGCCUUCUACCGCGUCGGCUACGCCCUGCCCGCGCACGAGGUCUACCAGGUGCUCACCGACAUCUGGUCCCGCGGCUGCAACCCGCGGCUGCGCUACGCGCUGCCCGUCAUGGCCGCCUGGGAGGUCGCGGGCCUGGCGCUGAGCGCGCUGGGCGUCUUCCGCCGCAGCCACUACGCGCUGCUGGGCGAGGAGGAGCAGGCGCGCCAGUUCCAGGAGAAGGUCGACGCCGCGGUGGCGUUCGGGAAGAGGCGCGACCGGGAGCGCGAUGCCGAGGAGGAGGAGGAGGCAGAAGCAGAAGAGGGGAAGCGGCGCGAGGAGGAGGCGGCGAUCGGGGCUGCUGCCGGGGCGACGGAGGACGUCUCCGCGGUCUCCUUGGCAGGGUCUACGGAGGCGCGCCGGCGGCGCACGCGGCGGAGCAGCGACCAUGUGCGCGAGGAGCUGGCCGAGGCCAUCGAGGCCGAGGACGUGAGGCUCCGGAGGGCGCAGAGCAGGGCGAGCCGGGUGUGCCACUUUGGGCCGUCGUUCGACUUGGCGUUUGAUCAGCUCGGCGAUGACGAUGAUUCCGAGGAUGUGUGA